AUGUAGUUGAGCUGUUGUGUGUUUGUGUCCCUGUAUUCAUGCAGUAAAAUGGCAGAAGUCAGAUUUUCUCAGGAUGAGUUCAUGUGUCCAGUGUGUCUGGAUCUCCUGAAGGAUCCAGUGACCAUCCAGUGUGGACACAGUUACUGUAAGAGCUGUAUUACAGGGUUCUGGAAUAAGGAGGAUCAGACGAGAGUCUACAGCUGCCCUCAGUGCAGACAGACCUUCAGUCCAAGACCUGCUUUAUCUACAAACACCAUGCUGGCUGAACUGGUGGAGAAACUGAAGAAGACCAAACUACCUGCUGACUGUUACGCUGGAGCUGGAGAUGUGCAGUGUGCCGUCUGUACUGAAAGAAAAUACAAAGCCAUCAAGUCCUGUCUGGUGUGUCAGGAAUCUUACUGUCAAACUCAUUUUGACCAUCAUGAGGAAUUUCAUUCACUUAAGCCACACAAAGUGAUUGAUGCCACUGGACGACUGCAGGAGAUGAUCUGCCAGAAACAUGAGAAACAUCUGGAAAUGUACUGUAUUACUGACCAACAAUGCAUUUGUGUUCUGUGUACAAAAUAUGAACAUAAAAACCAUGACACUGUAUCAGCUGCAGCACAGAGGACAGAGAAACAGCACCAGCUGAAGGAGAUUCAGAAGACGUUCCAGCAGAAAGAGAAAGAUCUUCAACAGCUGAGAGAGGCUGUGGAGUUUCAUAAGCGCUCUGCACAGACAGCAGUGGAGGACAUUGAGAGGAUCUUUACUGAGCUCAUCUUCUCCAUUGAGAGAAGCCGCUCUGAGCUGAUACGGCUAAUCAGAGAUCAGGAAAAGACUGCAGUGAGUCGAGCUGAAGGACGACUGGAGCGACUGGAGCAGGAGAUCAAUGAUCUGAGGAGGAGAGACGCUGAGCUGGAGCAGCUUUCACACACACAGGAUCACAUCCAGUUCCUGCAGAGUUUCCAGUCUCUCUCAGCACCUCCUGAAUCUACAGACGUAAAUUACGAUUCUCUCUUCUCUUCUGAUGGUCUGAGAAAAUCUGUCCAUCAGCUGAGAGACAAACUGGAGGAUUUCUGCAAAGAGGAGCUCAAGAAGAUCUCAGACAGAGUCACAUUCACCAACAUUGUUCCCAGAACCAGGAACGACUUCCUACAAUAUUCCCAUCAGCUCACUCUGGAUCUAAACACAGUGAAUAAACAUGUCCAUCUGUCUGAGAGCAACAGAGUGAUUACUCACACCACCACAGUCCAGCCAUAUCCUGAUCAUCCAGACAGAUUUGAUCAUUAUCUUCAGGUGUUGUGUAGAGAGAGUGUGUGUGGACGCUGUUACUGGGAGCUGGAGUGGAGAGGAGGUGCUCAUGGUGUGCGUAUAUCAGUGUCAUAUAAGAGCAUCAGCAGGAAGGGAUCGGGUAAGGCAUGUUUGUUUGGAAAUAAUGAUCAGUCCUGGAGUUUGCACUGCAAUCCCCCCAUAUACUCAUUCAUACACAAUAAGAUAGAGACUGAUCUCCCUGUAAAGUCCAUCAGCAGUAGAAUAGGAGUGUUUGUGGAUCACAGUGCAGGAACUCUGUCCUUCUACAAUGUCUCUGACACAAUGAGCCUCAUCCACACAGUCCAGACCACAUUCACUCAGCCGCUCUAUCCUGGGUUUUAUGUUUCUAGGAGAUCAUCAGUGAAACUGUGUUGAUGAAUCAGAAUAGAACUGAUGAGGGAUUCUAACCAUAAUGCUUUGAGCUGCAUGAUAAAUCAGUAACAGAGAUGUUAUAGAGUCUCUUCUUUUCUCUUCAUGACAUUAAUACUGCAGCUGAACUUCUGUCACUGAAAUGACAUGUCAGAAUAAAUGUGUGUAAUAAAUCCUCAUAUAGACAUUAAGAUCAGAUGUGUUUCUGUACUUUUUAUGUGUAUCAGUGAAAUUACUUUUCAGUUCAAAUGUUCAAAGUCAAUAAAUCAUUUUCAUUAUUCACAUUCUGUAGCUCUGGCCCUCUUCAGCGUUUUGUGUUCUUCUGUGUUCCAGUGUCACAAGUGUUUUUUGUCAUGCACUUAAUUGUUAACCAUGGAAUUCAUCUUUAUUCAUGUGUGAGUGUGUGUUUUCUGCUUACCCGUUCAUCUUAAAUGCUCAGGUUUUUGGAAGAUUUUGCCAUUUUCUUCCUGAAUCUCAAGAGAGAAUCCAGCAUCCUCUAAUUAGCCUGACUACGUCAGACUUCGUACUUCCGCUCAAUUUCAGUUCGCUUCUGUACUCAGUCUGAUAUAGCAAACCAGCUCCCAGAUUAUCUCCGGCUCCACACCAGCCGUCCAACCAACGAACAGAGGGCGGGCUGAGAGCCGUGACGUAGACGCUAAGCGCCGAAUUUAAGAUUGUAGUAUAGGUUAGGGAAAUCUAAAACGACAGCGGACAUGAAGACACGGGAUGCUAUUCGCUCUGUUGUGGAGAAUAUUCCCGGCAUUUGCCAACUGAAGCCCGAACAAGAUGAGUGUUUGGUUCACAUUUUGAAUUUGAAGGAUGCGUAGACUUAAUUCACAUAACCUGCAAAAGUCGUUCACAGCCAUCUUCACUCCGGUAUUUUGCUCGAUGGUUUUGUUUUCGCCGCAUACCUGUGUUUACAGCGAAAGUUCGAGGCGGCUGAGCGGGCGCAUAACAUAUGUCAUAACCAAACGUUAUGUGAUUGGCUUACGAGUACACCAAUGAUUUUAAACUUCAGACAAGCGCCUCCCCACGAGAAAGUGAACACUUGUCAAUUAUGCCCUUCGAGACUCUGUCUACGAAGCAAAGUGAAGUCGCAGAGUUUGGUAUUGCCAGGCUAUCCUCUAAUAGCACUGAACUAAAUGUUUAUUAAAGGUCUUUUACAAUGUGCCAGUGGGUUAAUAUUAGCUAAAGGUGGUUGGUGUUUUAGUUUCUGAGGGAUGUGCGCCAAUUUAUAUUCAGUGAGUGGAGGUGCUUUAUAGCGCUUUUCCACUGCCUGGUACAACUCAGCUCGGCACGGUUCAGAACGGCAUGGGACGUUUGGCUCAGUUCGCGUUUCCACUGCAGUUUAGUACCGCUUUAGAGUGGGCGGGAUUAUUCACGUAUUGUUAUAGUUGCGCCGCCUCUACUGCCGUGACUCCUAAAAAACGUAUUAAUUCUGCGUUGCUCCAUCAAGCUCUCGCUGGAUCCGCUCCUCGGCUAUCAAUGAGAGGAACGUCCGUACUUCCUCAACAGACAACGAAACAACCAUUUUUUUAGUUGUUAAAAGAAAGGUGCGCUCGUUCAAAACAGUUGCAUUCGAUCCGCUCCUCGGCUAUCAAUGAGAGGAACGUCUGUGCUUCCUCAACAGAAAACAAACAGCCAUUUUUUUUGGUUGUUAAAAGAAAGGUGCGCUCAUUCUAAACAGUUGCGUUCGAUCCUUCACUGGCUGUGCUGAUUUAAAAUUAAAUCUAGCAUGUCUGUUGUGUCUCGUCCCGCAAGUUCAAAGACGCAGGCAGUGACGAUUUUCUCCGGCCAAUCAGUUAUCAGCAGAGUUUACGCGUCACGUUUUGGUAACGGUACGGUUUGCUUGGAACCUCAGCCGAGGUGGUACUAAAAAAAGUACCAGGUACCAGGUACUGUACCCAGUGGAAAACCCCCCAAAAGUGAGCCAUACUGAACCGUACCAUGCAGUGGAAAAGCGCCAUUAGAUCAAGCCUGUUUUAAAGGGAUGAUGAAGGACAGAUGAAUGGCCACUGCUUUGACUUUUGACAUUUAUGUUCAUCCUGCAGAUUUCUGUGGCUCCUGACUGUCACGAAACGGCCAGGCUCUCCCACCACGUCAUCACAAAGAGCACCCUCACCUGAGUACUAAUCACCAGCACCUGUUCCCCAUCACCACAGCCACAUAACCACAGUACAUAAGCACACACCUCAGUCUCACUCAUUGUCCGGUCUUGUCUCAUCGAAGUAGACUCUCCUGGCUUUCCUAAGCUUUGGAUUUACGAGAAACUUACCUGUUGUACUUACCUCCUGUUCUCCUCUCCAACGUCUGUCUCCUCCAUCGUCAUCGCCCGUUCUCCAGUACAACCAUCACUGAGGUUUGUGCUCUCCAUUCACUCAGAUUGCUCACCGACUCGUUCUGUUGAAUAAAGAUUUUGCAUUACAAUACUAA